ACAACUAUCUCUAGAACUGGCAUUUGCGGCGCUGUGUAUCGUUUGGCUGACGAGCAGUGCUGGAAGUUCAGAAGAGAACAAGAAGAAAGAUUACAACAAUUUCAAGGUACUGAGAGCGUAUCCAGCUAAGAAACAGCAUGUUGAACUAUUACAUGAUUUGGCUGAGACUUACGAUCCCGGCGUUGACUUCUGGGUUAGACCAUCGUAUAUCAACCGGUCUGUGGACAUCAUGGUAUCGACGGAGCGCUACCUGGUGGUGGAAGAAUUGUUGUCAAACAAUAGCAUACAGAAAGAAGUCAUGAUUGAAAAUGUAGCAAAAGCUAUUGAAGUAGAACAAGGUUUUGAUGAGAAUGACGAGCUUGUUGGACGAUCACCUCCAACUUUCUUCUCUUCCUAUCAUCGCCUAGAUGAGAUCCACAAAUACAUGAAAUCACUGGAGUCAAAAUAUCCCAAACUUGCUUCGACUUUUUCUAUUGGAAAAUCAUUCGAGGGUCAGGAUCUGCUCGUUUUAAAGAUUAGAAGUGGUAAAGAGACAAAGAAGAAGCCUAUUAUUUGGAUAGACGGCGGUACUCAUGGAAGGGAAUGGAUCACUUCUGCUAGUGCUCUUUAUAUCGCAACCAAGCUUCUGAACGAAUAUGACUUGGAUGCCAACAUCACAAAAUUGAUAGAUUUUUAUGAGUGGUAUAUUCACCCAGUUGUGAAUCCUGAUGGUUACGAAUACAGUCAUACUACUGAUCGAAUGUGGAGGAAAACUAGAUCAUGGACUGUAUCAUUAAUUGGAUGUAGAGGGGUGGACCCUAAUCGUAACUGGUCCUUCAAAUGGAACUAUGGAGGGUCCAGCAUUUCUCCUUGUUCUCACGUCUAUUCUGGACUGAUUCCUUUCUCAGAACCGGAGAUUAAGGCCAUUGCUAAUUUUAUAUUUGACCGAAAGAACAGAGUGAAGCUUUUUUUGACCUUACACUCUUACUCCCAGAUGUGGUUAACACCGUGGGGAUGGACGCAUGAAUUUCCUUCUGACUACGAGGAUCAGCAUAAAAUGGCUAAUGUCGCAGUUCGUGCCCUUAGGUCAUUAUACGGAUCCAUAUUUGAAAGUGGUUCUACAACUGAGCUUUUAUAUACAGCCUCAGGUGGAUCAGAUGAUUGGGCCUAUGGCUAUGCAGGCAUAAAGUAUUCUUUCACUGCAGAGUUGAGAGACACCGGCAAGCACGGAUUUGUUCUGCCUUCCAACCAAAUCAUACCCUCGGGAGAAGAACUGUGGAUUGCCGUCAAAGCUUUGGCUUCAGAAAUUCGGAAAGAAUUGUAAAUCUUUGGCUUUUAAAAAUUCGAAAGAAAAAAACACCUUCCUACUCUUCAACACUUUAACAUGCAUGGCCAUGCCUUUGAAAAUAUUACACUAAUAGAUUUAGAUUAUGAUGGUUUUAAAUUUAAAAGGGACAGAAAAAUGGAGGAAGCUUUCAAGAUAGAGGUUCUGACUUCUGUAACCCUAAACAGCAUUUAUCUCUACCACGAAAUUUUUAAUUUUGUGAUGACAUAAAAGACUCCAAAAGAAACGUUACCAAUUUGUAAUUGUUUUAUAAUCUUUAGUUUUAGUUACUUUCCUGGCUUUCCCUGUUUGAUAUUCGUUUUUUUUGUUGUUGUUUUUUUGUAUAUGUUUG